AUGGAAGAAAUUUGUUUGUCUAAUGAGGUAAGAACCCUAGUUUUAGUUGGACGUAGCGGAAAUGGAAAGAGUGCCACCGGAAAUAGCAUUCUUGGAAGGAAGGCCUUUACAUCAAGGGCAGGAUCCUCCACUGUAACGCGUAUUUCUGAGUUGCAGAAAAACAUCAUAAAAGAUGGAACGAUGGUUAAUGUUAUUAACACCCCAGGACUGUUUGAUGGAAGUGAUUCAGGAAGAAAGGAAAUGAUGAAAUGCAUUGAUUUGGGUAGUGAAGGAAUUCAUGCAUUUGUUGUGGUGUUCUCUGUUAGAACCCGUUUCUCAGAAGAAGAACAGACAACUUUGCGAAUUUUGCAGACUUUAUUGGGUCCCAAAAUUGUUGAGUACAUGAUUGUGGUCUUCACCGGUGGGGAUGAGUUGGAAGAUAAUGAGGAGACACUGGAUGAUUAUUUAGGUCAAGAAUGUCCUCAACCUCUUCAGGAUAUUUUGGUUCAAUGUGACAAUCGUAAAGUGCUCUUUGAUAACAAGACCAAGGAUGAAAUGAAGCAGCAAAGACAAGUUGAACAGCUUCUGAGUCUAGUGAACGUGGUUAUAUCACAGAAUCAUGGGCAACCAUAUACAAAUGAGAUAUUUGUAAAAUCACAGUAUCUUGCACAUGUUGCCAAAAGUUCAGGACUUGGUGGCAAUGCUCUUUCGUACUUUCCCAUUCAUACUGUGGCGUCCAUAACAGAAUCUACAUCAGAAAAAGAGAUAUAUCAUAUUUUGAGGGAGUUUUACUCCUCCAACAGACAUGCAAAUGAAUUUGGUCUCAAAAGCACGAAAAUGAAGGAUGGUGGUGACUCAACAAUGAAUCACCAUGAAAAUUCAUAUGAUGUCCUUGAACUCUUUUUCGCCCUCUACAUCGCAAGCUUGUUAUAG